AUGCGCAUCACUUCCUACCUUUCUGCCUUGCUGGCCUUCACCACCACCGGCGUCGUGGGGAAAAAUGUCAUCGGCUACUACCCGUCGUGGAAGAAGCACCACGCCGACGCGAUGGACCUGAGACUGUACACGCACAUCAACUUUGCCUUUGCCAUUCCCGCCCGCGACGGCGGCCUUUUCUUUGAAGGCGACUGGUUCCUGCUGCAAGUCGUCUCGAGCCUCCACAGCAAGGGCGUCAAGGCCAUGCUGUCCGUUGGCGGCUGGACGGGCUCCAAGCACUUUUCGCCGAUCCUCAAGGACGCGGCCGCCAGCGCCAGCCUGAUCCGCAACAUUGUCCGCUACAUGCAGAGAUACGACCUGGACGGCGUGGACCUCGACUGGGAGUACCCGGGCCGUCUGGGCAACAGCUGCAACGCGUUCGACGCCGAGGCGGACGCGCGCAACUACCUCGCCUUCCUGCGGGCGCUGCGGCAGCAGAUGGAGGUGGCGUUUGGCCCGGGCCGCAAGCUGCUCACGCUCGCGCUGCGCGUGGAGCCGUUUGACGGCCCGGACGGGCGGCCGCUCGCCGACGUCGCCGCGUUCGCCGCCGUGGCCGACUUUGGCAGCCUCAUGCAGUUUGACGUCAACGGCGGCUGGAACCGCACGACCGGGCCGCUGGCGCCGCUGAGGUGCGAGCGCGGAAAGGGGCUGCAGGUGUCGUUUGUGUCGGCCAUUGACGCCUGGGUGAGGGCCGGGUGGCCCGCCAACAAGCUCAAUGCCGGAUACGCCUUUUACGGCCGCUCGACGACGGCGCUCGCCGACAUGAUGCUGGAUCCCACCAACCAGUACCAGCCGCAGGCGAAAACAGUGCCGCUCGGGGACAGCGAGGAUGCCCCGUGGCACGAUGCGUGCGCGGGCACGACCGCAAACUCGGGCAUCUGGCAGUGGAAGCACAUGAUGAAGCAAGGCGUGCUCAGCAGCCCGACGAAGGCCAAAGAGCCGUGGGUCCGCCAGUGGGAUAAUACGUCGCAGACGCCGUGGGUGUUUAAUCCGGAGACCAGGGUUUUCAUCUCGUACGACGAUCCGCAGAGUCUCCAGGUCAAGGUCGACUAUGCGGCGUCCAGGGGUCUGGCUGGCGCCAUGGUUUGGUCGCUCAACAUGGACGCUCCGUCUAAUACUCUACUGAACGUCCUUCGGGGUAGCUGA